ACCAAAUCUGAAAGUCGAAAAGUGGGAUUUUUUUUUUAUAAACGGAGAAAGCUACAUUUUUAUUCACUAUUUUUUCUUUUUUUCUUUCUUUUUUUUAAGGACUCCACGCAAUGAAUAUAUAUUUCUGUGGCAGUAUUAGGGGAGGAAGACAAGAUUUAAAGUUCUAUCAAAAAAUCGUGAAGAAACUGAAAACCUAUGGACAAGUUUUGACAGAGCACGUGAGCCACGAUGUCAUAUCUGAAAAAGGUGAGGAUGCUCUGCUGGGAGGAGACGAGGCUAUAUAUGGCCGUGAUAUGGUGUGGCUGGCUCAGUCUGAUGUUGUAGUUGCUGAAGUAACUCAACCAUCUUUAGGUGUGGGUUAUGAAAUUGGUCAAGCCGUGGCCAUGAAAAAGAGGAUUCUCUGCCUUUUCCGACCCUCAUCAGGGAAAGUGCUGUCUGCCAUGAUACGAGGUGCUGAGGCCAAGUUGCACAGCUCUCUCUUCCAGAUACGGGAUUAUGAGGAAGAGGAAAUCGAAGGCAUCCUGGAAAAUUACUUCCGUGAACUCACCAAGGACUAAUGUGCAUUAAAAGUACACUCUAUGGCCAAAUGUAUGUGCACACCUGACUAUCACAACCAUGUUCUAGCUGAACAUUUUUUUUAACACCAUGGCCAUUAGUAUUGAGCGAAUCUCCUAUUUCCUUUUAAAUCGAGUCUGCUUUGUGUAACAUGCCAGGGAGGAUUUGUCUAUUAAGCCACAAGAGCAUUAGUGAGAUACUGAGCACUGAUGUUGAGCCAGGAUUCCUGACACACAGUCAAUAUCCCAAUUCCUUCCAUGUCACGGUUCUGUGCCGUUUACAUUCUUUCACUCCAGCCUUGGCAAACCAUGUGUUAAUGGAACUCAUUUUGUGCACAGGGGCAUUGUCAUGCUGGAGAAGUUUUGGGUCUCUUAAUUCCAGUCAAGGGAAUUUAUAAUGCUACAGCAUAUAGAGAUUCUUUUCUACAACUAAUGCUUUCAGUAUUGUGGGGACAAGUUUGGUAAAAACCCACAUACCUGUAUAUGUUUGCUAGUCAUGUGUCCACAUACUUUUGGCCUAGUUCCAGAUAGAAUGCUUUUUUAUGUAGUGAUAUUCCAUAUAAUAAAGCUAUUUUGAUUCAUUAUAAAA